GAUUUCCUGGUUUUCGAGAGACGCCUCUUGUUCAGAGGAGUUAAAGGGAGCCAGUUGUGCAGAUGGGAACCUGCAGCAGCAUCAACUUCCAAUUUCUCCCUAUCGGAAUAGUAGAGACAGGAGUGCAUGCUGUGUUAUACUCAGAUGAGCCGGUUGUGUAAUUUCCAGCUGGAGUGCCUUUGUUGGAGAAGUUGGAGGAGUUGACCAUGGUUGAACAUUACCUGUAUUUACUCCUGCUGGGAUUUAGCAGCAUUGGGAAACAACGGCUAAUACUGGGCAAGGAUGUGAACCCGAUCUCCAGGCAUUCCACAUAUGAGAUUGUAAUUCCUCAAAGACUGACCAACAAGGAAAAACGCUGGACGUAUUUUCAUGAGGAAUAUCCAGACAACCAACUAUCUUACUUGAUUCCAACUAGAAAUGGCACACACAUUCUGAAACUGAAGAAAAAUGUAAACCUUAUUGGUGAACAGUUCAUAAUGCAUACCUACAGCAAAGAUGGUAAUUUGGAAAGCACUCCCUUUAAAACUAAGGACCAUUGUUAUUAUCGUGGAGUAGUUGAAGGGAUUAAGGAUUCCUGGCUUGCACUCAGUACCUGUGAUGGCCUUAGGGGAAUCCUCCAUGUUGGUGGUAGACGAUAUGGUAUGGAACCGGUUACUGGAUCCGAUCGAUUUGAACACUUCUUCUUUAUAUUAGAAAAUUCUCACCAGCCCUUUACAUGUGGUGUGUCAAACGAUGUUCAAUACCAUGAUCAGAGUUCAGAGAGCUUUUUCAAAUACACAAAUGUGUCACAUAGUGUGGAGACAUUUCUUAGGAGAAGAAGAGCUGUGCUGCCAGAGAAAAGAUAUGUGGAACUGUAUAUCGUUGUUGAUCAUAACAGGUAUUUGUUGAAAAAAUCUGAUACUGGAGCUGUACAAAAGGACGUGGUUGAACUGACUAAUUACGUGGAUGCGAUGUUCAGUCCCUUAAACAUACAAGUUGUCCUAAUUGGGGUGGAAAUAUGGACGAGUGAAAACCCAAUAGAUGUGACUGGGCCAGCUGGAGAUGUACUGAGCAAAUUUGUAGCAUGGAGACACAACGUUCUCACAAAAAGACCAAGAAAUGACGUCAGCCACCUCCUCAUAGGCAGAAAAGCAUUUGGUACUGCGGUUGGAAUGGCUUUUGUUGGCACUGUCUGCAGUCCAGCUCAUGGAGGCUCAAUCAGUACUUUUGAUCAUGAUACCGUGCUAAGUCAUGCUAGUAUUGUUGCGCAUGAACUGGGACAUAACCUGGGAAUGAAUCAUGAUGAUAAAAAUUGUCCAGGUGCCUACAUUAUGCACAGUAUAGACAAUGGGUCCAGGAACUUCAGUAGCUGCAGUGAGAAUGACUUUGAGCAGUUCAUCUUGAAAGGUGGAGGAACCUGUCUUAGAAAUGCUCCCAAACCAAGUGACAUUUUCACAGAACCUGUAUGUGGCAAUAACAUUGUGGACAGAAAUGAAGAAUGUGAUUGUGGCACUCCUAAAGAGUGUUCAAACCCUUGCUGUGAUGCUGCCACUUGCAAACUGACACCUGGAUCAGAAUGUGCAGAAGGAUUGUGCUGUGAAAAGUGUCAGUUCAAAGUAGCUGGAAUCAAGUGCAGGAAAAAAGGGAAUACCUGUGAUCUCCCCGAAUAUUGCAAUGGAACCUAUCAUGACUGCCCCGAUGAUGUGUAUAUCAUGGAUGGCUAUCCCUGUAACAAUAUGAAAGAUUACUGCUAUAGUGGAGUUUGUCAGAAUUAUGAUUCUCAAUGUGAAUUCCUCUUUGGAAAAGGAGCCAAAAAAGGACCAAAUAUUUGUUUUGAAAUUGCAAAUAGCAAUGGAGACAGAUUUGGGAAUUGUGGGAUGUCUGGAGGAAAUUUUGUAAAAUGCACCCAAGCAAAUAGUCUCUGUGGAAAAAUUCACUGCACGUCCGUCAGUCAGCAGACCCAACUUUCUCAAGUAUACAUCCAAAAUCAGGGUGGUGUUUCCUGUGUGACUACAGCCUUUGAUCUUGGUUCAGAUGUUCCUGAUCCAGCUCUGGUUAACAGAGGCACUGCCUGCUCAGAAGGAAAGGCCUGUGUGGAUUCCAAAUGUGUGAAUGCAAGUCAGCUUGGUUACGAUUGUGAUGUGAAGACAAAAUGUCAUGACCAUGCAGUAUGUAACAAUAAAGGCAAUUGCCACUGUAACCCUGGAUGGGCACCUCCUUUCUGUGACAGAUCUGGUUAUGGUGGCAGCAUAGAUAGUGGCCCAACACAUAUAGAUACAUCACUUCGAGAUGGCCUCCUCAUUUUUUUCCUACUUGUGCUACCUUUGUUAAUUCUACUUGUGGCUGCAUUUAUUAAAAGGGAUGCAAUCAAGAGACGACUUUGCAGAGGACGUCGAAGACGUCAGAGAGCUAAGGAGGCAGCGCAAGCAAGACAAAAUCAGAAUCAAAAUGAACCCAGGGAGCCUAAUGCAGCAAAUCCAAGGCGGCCUGUAACAUCUAAUUCUGGAGUCUUUACGAUAUCCCACUUUCCUGCACCAAGGCCACCACUUCGAGGCCAGCCAGGACCUCCCCCACAAAGGCCUCCUUUGCGACCCCCAGUCCCACCCAGACCUGUUUUCACCAGUGCUUCCUGAGGAAAUAUCAGUAACUUAGAUUGACACCUCAAAUGUACUAGGAAAGAUGUGCCAAUGUUAAAUCUGUGAAAUGUUUCCAAAAGUAUUAUUUUUAUUAACCUGCAUGUAAAGACCUCAUUUUUAUAGGACAGCACUGCUAUAGUUUUGGGUGAUUUAACUUAAAAAUAACUUUAAGAAUGAAAAAAACAAAAAUUAAUCAGUAGGCAGCUUAGAGAUGUCAACAUGAUUUCACUUGUAUUAGCUAUAUGGUCCUCAGAUCACAUAUACCAGUGUUUUUCAAACUGUGCUCCUCCAGGUGUUUUGGACUUCUGCUCCCAGAAAUCUUGGCCAGUUUCCCAGCUGUUAGAAAUUCUGGAAGCUGAAGUCCAAAACAUCUGGAGGAGCCCAAUUUGAGAAACUCUUGACAUAUAUGUAAGGUCUUUCCCCAAACACAGAAGUGAUUUUAACAAUAUCAUUAGAAAUGGGAUUUUCCCCAGCUUUUCUGUGAAUGCGGCCUUUGAAUUCAGCUGUCUAAAACAUAAACCAAACUGUGAAAGAAAUCUGUUGAAGGAAAGGUUCUGAGACUAAAACGUAAUUGAAGAAACUGUGCUGUAUUAGCAUUUUCCCAAUACACAAUAGUAUAUAUAUUCUCCCCUAUUCAUCAAAGGGGAUCACUGCCAAUGACACAAAAAAGGGUUUGUAUCCUUAGAAUAUUCUUUAAAUCAACUCUCAAAAUUGUUACAUUUUCUUACUUUAAUUGCUGCUUGGUAAAUGUAUGAUAUGAAGAAGAUAAAAGUAUGAUAUGAAGGACAUUUACAUUUGGUAUGGAGGUUAAUUGGUGUCAAUGUUUACAGUCAUAGAAAUUCAAUAUCCACAUUUAGCUUUUUUUUUAAGACAGAAAAUGAAUGUGAAACCUCACUAAUAGAUUUCAAUGGUACUGUUUUAUUGAUGGAUUUUCUAACAUCUAUUUUAUUUGCAGUUUUGCACAAAUCACUAGGUAAUGCUAACUGGAAAAAAGGUGUUACUCAUUCUGAUAUUGAAGUGAAUAAUUUUGUAAGAAAAAGAAAUAAAUAUAUAUAUCUUGCCAUUUCAA